ACUUGGCCAUGAGCUCUUGAUUGUCGCAACGCCAGCUCCUGAGACAGCUUCUCACCAGCAAUCACGGUCGAGUAUCCCGUCUCCCGUGUCCUGUGUCUAUUUCCACCAACUACUCUAACACCCGGAGCUGCUUUUGCUGCGUGCCUUGUAUCCUUAGCUUCAGAAUGGUUUCCGACACAUAUCCGGUCCCCCUCAGCACUCCAUCGUAAUCCUGUCCUCGCCUUUUCUCUUCCUGCUUGUCCCUGCUCGGGUCUGCUGCACACCUCUUGCCUCAAAUCUUUGAACAUGGCAAUGCUUGAUCCGGCGUCGGGCCUUAUGGAAAUUGCAAGCUCGCUCACACAAGAUGAGAUCCCUUUCAAACUGCGUUGUGCGAUUUGCAAUAAGCUUGCCAUAAAUGCCUUCCGCCUUCCAUGCUGCGACCAGGCCAUAUGCGAAUACUGCCAGGCCUCACUCCCGGAAAGUUGCCCGGUCUGCGCCCAUACUCCCCUGUCCGCCGAUCUAUGCAAACCAAAUAAAGCCCUGAGGACAACCCUCAAAGCAUUCUUGCGAACCGAGGAAAAAAAAAGAGAGAAGGAUCGUCCGCCAGCUCCUGAAGCUCCUACAGCUGAACCCGAACCAAACAAAUCAGUUGACCAGGUGAACUCGAAUCUGGUUCCUCCCGCCACUACUUCCUUAGAUCAGGUAGAUGAUGCCGCAGCAACGAAAGUCGUUUCCGCUGCGGUCGAGGAUGUGAAUCAUUCAAAGGAUGCCGCCGGCACCAAUGGAGUAACGGAUAAAACCGAGGAGUCGGCAUUUCAAACGGCAACACCAGACAACGCUGCCAGCAACUCCAGAAAAGAUCAAGUCGACGAUGGAGCGCGUGGAAAUUCCGCGGUUGAGCCCGGUAAUAACACGAUUGAUGACAAUGCAAGUAAUAUCCCUCAAGGAACGUCGGUUCCGACCCAACCAGACGCAGACUCCAAUAAAUCUUCAGGUGAUAGGACUUCGGGACAACAACCCUCCGGAGUUCCAACUCACUCGCAUGGUUCAGAUACUUUUGGGAAUGGACAGGGAUAUGGUGUGAAUGGGAUGAGUGGUUUUCCGCAAGCCGGUUGGCAAGGGGGCUCACACUAUGGCCAGAUGAUGCAGACGUUGCCCAGUGGUGUUCAAUUCAAUGGAAUGAUGCCAUUUCAGAAUGGAAUUGGACCUCCUGGAAUUCCAGGGAUGGGACUGGAUCCGAUGGUGUCGAGUCAGGGUAUGUUUGGAGGGUAUGGGAUGAAUAUGAAUGGCAUGAAUAAUGGAAUGAACAUGGGGAUGAACUUCAACGCAGGGCAAGGAAUGUAUGGAACAUGGGAUGGUCAAAGCAAUAUGUGGAAUGGAGGUCCAGAUAAAUUCAAUGCAAAUCCAUUUGCGAACCGCAUGGGUGCUGAAUUUGGCCCUAGUCCUGGUGGAUAUCGUGGAUAUAAUAUGUCCCAAAAUUACGCAAAUUAUCCUCACAUGCAUCAACAACAGCAAUAUCCUAACAAUGACUUCCACGGCCAAUUUGGCCAUAGUUACGGUCGUGGCCGUGGCAGAGGCCGCGGAUUUUUCCCUAGUGGUCGUGGACGAGGCGGAUUUAUGUCUGGGGUGCAUGGUAGUUUCCCAUCCUCCACUAACCAAGCUUCCUCCUUCCAACCCCAUAUGGCCACGAAUUCCAACCACCAAAUUGACCCUGUAUCUGGCUUUGCUAAUGGCACUUCCGCAAUUGCCCCCGACUCUGAUCAUGUUAAAGAGUUUAAUGAUGAAUUAUGUCCAGGCGGAGAAGAUGACCUUAAGGAGAACCAGCCGACGGACGAUCCCGCAGCAGUAUCGCCCGAAAAUGCAGCUUCCAGCGAAUCAGCCUUGCCCACUAGAGAGCACCGCGAUUCUCAUGCGCCUACAGAUAAUGGGCUUCAUGUUGAUCGAGCCACCGAGUCUGGGACAACAAUCCAGGUAGGUGCUGUAGCACAGCAAGGGAAUGAUGACAACGCAGCUCAAGGUAAUGCGCAGGGAAGCGGAGUGUAUAUAAAUAUGCCAGAGAGAAGCCGCGAUAAUGCACCCACCCAUCCGAAUGAAACGCUACACUCGUCUCCAACGCAGCUGUCCGCCCCUUAUAGCAACAUGACUUCGAUGGAACCACGGGGGAUGGGAGUUGUCGGAGCACCGGCUGCGCCCAGAGCUAUGAGAGAAGGACUACCAAAUGUUGGUAUCCGCAAUGGUAGAGGGUUCCCUGUUGUUCGGACUGCAAGCGGUCCAACCCUCAAGCAUGAUAAGGACGUCCAAAGUCGCUCCCCGUCUCGGUCGCGAGAUCAGUCCAUAUCUAGACAUAGGUCGACAUCAAGGUCCCGGUCUCGACACCGCUCCAGUCACCGUCGCCGGUAUCGGCAUCGAUCCCGUUCACUCAGCGUCUCAUCUAGUGAUCACAGUAGGGAUGAGAGUCGUGAUCAACGACGAAAGUCCCGGCGAGAAAAUGAUGAGCAGGUGUCUAGUCGUCGGGGUAAUAGAGAAUCGCGAUCUCGGUCACCUUCAGUGGAGCCUGCAAAGCGAACGGAACAUCGAAGUAGGCGUGAUAAGGAUCGAAAAAGCGACCAUAAAACGUCCUCAUCCCAUCGCUCGCGCCGCCACCGCAGUCGAAGUUCGAGCCCCAAACAUCGCGACUAUGAUACAAGCGCCAGUGAAGUUAAUGGGGUUGACACUAAGGUAAAGCCAUCAGUUUCAGAUGAAAAACGCGACCUUGCAAUCCGAGGCAGUGACCAUCGCUCCUCCACUAAGGAGCGGACCAGUGAGUCAACGACUAGAGAAAGGUCUAGCCGACAUCGGGAUCGAGAUCGGGCCCGGGAUCGGGACAGGGACAGGGAUCGGAAUAGAGGCAGAGACAAGGACAGAGACAAGGAUAAGGAUAAAGACAAGGAUAAAGAAAGAGCUCGAGAACGAGAAUCAAGACGCGAACGAGAGCGGGAUCGUGACAGAGACCGCAAACGGUCCCGCCGCGAUAGGUCCGCAUCCCUAGACGAUCCAGACCAUUAUCGCCGACAUUCUCGCCGCAUUAAGCGUAGCGAGGCAGGCGAAAAAAAGACCAUAGACCGCGAGAAGAAAUCAGCAGACCCUCGGGAAUCGCGAGCCCAGGAGAAAGACCCGCAUACCCUGGAGCGCGAGGCUCGGGAUAGAGAACGACUAUUAAAAGAACAGCAGCGGCGAGAGGCGAUGAAUGCUGAUCGGGAUGGUAGAAGUAGUCGGCGUCGCGAGAGUAGGCAGGAGAGAACCUUAGGCGUUGGCAGACAUCUCAGCUACAAGUAUGAGGACGAGGAAAGCGACCAGGCCAGAGCAGCGCGAGUCGAGCUUGAACGAGAAGCUGCACGAUGGGCUUAAAGGUGAAUGUAUGAAUGCGACGAGGCCCUGGCUAUUUGAGUUUCUCAAACCCAAGUAUGCUCCUAUGUUCCCCCUCUAGGCUCUUUGACUGUCUCUUCUCUCUUACGGCCUAUUCUCUAGACAGGCAGGCCAAUCCCUAGUCAUGUCAUGUCAUGGAUUUUAUGUGAAUCUAUACAAUCUAUCGGCGUUGGUGGAGUUUGUUACCCACACGGCCUCAUGUACUUGACACCUUGACUUCUGGAAAUAUGUUCUUUCUUGUCUAUGGUUUUUUCUGUCCGCCGAACGAAAACCUAUUGGUAGACACUGGGUAGUUAGAUUAAAAAAAAAAGAGGGGGGGGGGGGGGGCAUUUCAAGGCGUUGAAUAGAUACGAGAUACCUGAAUUCUUUUUCAUAGAUCUCGUCGCGGAAUCGAGUUUCGUGACUUUACUUUUUUGUAUCUCUCUGUGGUUGUUGACUUCAUGCAAUCACACUUUUCUGCUCCGCCAACGAAUAGCAGCUAGUUGAUGACUUGUUCCGCACUAGACACCAGUUAUACACACAAUGUAAACGUCUGAUACUACUACAAUAGUUCCUGGAAAAUAUUGCGCAUAUAUGUAAUUAGAAUUAGUCUUGGUUAUCUGAAAUCACGUGAUAUGCCAAUUAUCC